UAAACUGGUGCCCAGGCAUUUUCAGCUCAUGUCAGAUAUCGCGAGAGCGCCGCAGCGAGAACCUCCUGACCCGGAUGUGACUGGGCGGAAGGAGGAAGUCAGUAGUUCUUCCGGUGUUGUGAAAACGCGCCGAGUACAUCACGGUGGGAGGUGAUUUGGAGCUGAUGGGGGACGAAAAGGAAACCUGGAAAGUUAAGACAUUAGACGAGAUCCUACAAGAGAAGAAACGCAGACGAGAGCUGGAAGAGAAGAGCGACCCUAAACGCCCAAAGAACGUGAGUAGAUUCAUGAACCACUCUCUGGGGGCAACGGAUGAUCGGGAAUCCAAACGGGACACUCCGGAAGAGCUACGGAGGAUGAAAAUAACGAGGAAUUCACCCUACACACGGGAGACCACAGGAUGGGACUCGACCGAGAGUGAAGGAGAGGAGGACGAGUCUCUGGCCAUCAAACCCCCCCCGCAGCAGAUGACACGCAAAGACAAGUCCUACCACAGAAAAGAGGAGAAGAGGAAGGACAAGAGGAGGCACAGGAGCCACUCUGCAGAAGGAGCAGGGAAACACAUGCGCACAAAAGACAAAGAGAAGGAGCGAGAAGAUGAGAGAAGACCGAGACAGUGGCAGGACGACAACAAAUCACGACGAGAUUACGAACGUCAGAAACGGAGGGAUCAAGCCAGAGAUCACUCCCGCCGAGAGAGGGAUCGUCUGGAGCAGCUGGAGCGCCAGCGGGAGAGAGAGCGCAAACUCCGUGAGCAGCAGCAGAAAGAGCAGAGAGAGCAGCGCGAGCUGAAGGAGAGAGAGAGGAGAGCGGAGGAGCGCCGCAAAGAGAGAGACGCCCGCAGGGACGGUCCUGUGUCCCAUCACAGAGGGGCUGCUGGAGAGGAGUACGCAGAUAAAAGCCGCCCACGGCACCGCAGUCGCAGCCGCAGCCGCAGCCCGGUCCGCCAGCAGAGAGAGACCAGAGCAGAGAGCAGCGAGCAGCGGCGAGCAGUGCGGGAGGGAAAGAUGGAGGAGAAAAAUCCCCUGUCUGACCUUCAGGACAUCAGUGACAGUGAGAGGAAGACCGCCACACCGGAGUCAUCGAUGGGCUCUGGGUCUGAGGAUGAGGAAGGUGAGGAGAAUGAUGAAGAAGAGUCCAGCAGUCAGAGUGAGGGAGAAGAAGAGGGCGAGUCAGGAUCAGAUUCUGUGGGGUCCGAACACAGCGAAGGUGCCAUGAGUGAUGAAGAGCAGUCAGAGGAGGAAGAAGAGGACAGAGGGAAUGGAAACCACGUUCCUCCCAUCCCGGAGUCCCGGUUUGAUCAUGACUCGGAGGUGAGCGCUGAGGAAGAGGAGGAAGAAGAGGGAGCCGAGGAGGCCGGAGACGUCACCCCACAGUCUCCCUCUCAUUCAGCCACACCAGAAGACAACUACAUCCCCGAGUCACCGCCCAUCUCCCCCGUAGAGCUGAAGAAAGAGCUGCCCAAAUACCUGCCGGCUCUGCAGGGCUGCCGGAGCGUGGAGGAGUUCCAGUGCUUGAACCGCAUCGAAGAAGGCACUUACGGCGUCGUCUACCGCGCCAAAGACAAGAAGACGGAUGAAAUCGUGGCCCUGAAACGACUGAAGAUGGAGAAGGAGAAGGAGGGCUUUCCCAUCACGUCCCUCAGAGAGAUCAACACCAUCCUGAAGGCCCAGCACCCCAACAUCGUCACCGUCCGGGAGAUCGUCGUGGGCAGUAAUAUGGAUAAAAUCUACAUCGUGAUGAAUUACGUGGAGCAUGAUCUGAAGAGUCUAAUGGAGACCAUGAAACAGCCCUUCCUGCCCGGUGAAGUCAAGACGCUGAUGAUCCAGCUGCUGAGAGGCGUGCGUCAUCUCCAUGACAACUGGAUCCUUCACCGUGACCUGAAGACCUCCAACCUGCUGCUGAGCCACAAGGGCAUUCUGAAGAUCGGAGACUUCGGUUUGGCUCGGGAGUACGGCUCUCCGCUCAAGCCCUACACUCCCGUGGUGGUCACACUGUGGUACCGCUCACCGGAUCUGCUGCUGGGGGCAAAGGAAUACUCCACAGCUGUGGACAUGUGGUCGGUCGGCUGUAUAUUUGGAGAACUGCUCACGCAGAAACCUUUAUUCCCUGGCAAAUCUGAGAUCGAUCAAAUCAACAAAGUUUUCAAGGACUUGGGCUCUCCCAGUGAGAAGAUCUGGCCGGGAUACAGCGAGCUGCCUGCGGUGAAGAAGAUGACUUUCACAGAAUAUCCUUACAAUAACCUGCGCAAGCGCUUCGGAGCGCUGCUGUCUGACCAGGGCUUUGACCUCAUGAACAAAUUUCUGACGUACUGCCCUGCCAAGAGGAUCAGUGCCGAUGAGGCACUUAAACACGAGUAUUUCCGGGAGUCGCCGCUCCCCAUCGAGCCCUCCAUGUUCCCCACAUGGCCAGCCAAGAGCGAACAGCAGCGGGUGAAGAGAGGAACCAGCCCACGGCCGCCGGAGGGAGGACAGGACUUCAGCCAGCUGGGCGAUGAUGAUCUUAAAGAUACUGGUUUCCAUUUGACCACUGCUAACCAGGGCGCCUCCAAAGCCGGUCCGGGAUUCAGCUUGAAGUUCUGAGCUCCAGCGGCCAGCAGGCUUUCUUUGUGUAUGUCUGACACGAUGCUGAGACUCAUUUAGAGAACGAGCGUCAGAGAGCAGGACUGGACUUCACUGAGACACAGACUCUGGAGAGCCAUUUAGUUUUUUCAAGCACCGAGGACCUCCGUGAAGCUCAAGUGCUUUGAGUUCCUCAUGUUUUUCUGACAUAUAAUGUGUUGGUUGGUUCUGCUCGGUUUGAAAACAAGCAGCAGAUCAGCAUUUUCAGACAUCUUUUAUUUUUUUCUCUUCGUCUGCAGUUGUAGCUGGGAAUAGGAUGUUGAAAAUCCAUUUUUGUGACAAAUAUGAAUAUUAAAUAAAAAUACAUUCAUACCAUA